AUGCCUUCAACCACCGUCAACAACUACUACGGAGAGGUUCCGAAAGUACAUAACCUUGGAUCGAAAUGCCGGUUUGCCCCGACAUCUCAUCCCCCUUGCUCUUCCGAUAUCGACGAAAUUCCGCCGGUAAACGCCCAUUACUUUUACGCGUCUUCCGUUCCCAUCGAUGAACCUCUUUCUACCGCUCCUAUUGCUGUUGCUGCCGAUCCUAAAUAUAUUAGGAGUAGCCUACGUCCAUUCUCACCAGGGGACAACAACGCGAUAGAGAAAGCUUGGUUGAGUCUCGCUUCGGAUGCCUACCGUCAGAAUCACUCCAAUGCCCGGCAGAACCGACCUCCUAGCCCUUCACUUGCUAAGGCAAAUAGCGAGAAGCUACGUGAUAUCGUACGCCAACUAGCUGUGGAACAUGCUGAAAAGCAUGCACGCGAAGGCCCCUCGCGGGAAAAGGUCCAGCCUUUCACUGAAUCUUUGCCGGAGCCAGAAACUGCCGCGCUCUUAUGCUGCAAAGAGCUUCUUGUUGAUGUUGGUGUAGCCUUACGGACAUCUUUCUGUGCUGUUGCAAGGCGAAAGCAACAUGAGCUUAAUAGAGAUAUGGUUGCUCAAGCUGUUAUGAGUGAGAUGAAUACAUUGCAUACCGACUCGACGGCUUCCGUCACAGAACGCCAUGCGCCGCCUGAUAACAUGUCUUCAAACCAGUCGCCAAUCGACUCUGUGAUGCGAUCAAAUCAACUUAAUGAACAGCCCAAUAGUCAGCCUUCAAGUAUAACGUCACAGUCCCCAACGACAGCUCAGUAUCCUUCAAUUGACAAAAGCGCCAAUGUGCCAGUCCCUGCGAAAUCUUCGUUAGUGGACGACGGUAUCUCAGGUAGACCAUUUGUCCGCGUAGGUACGCCGGAAACUCCGAUUAAUUCUCCACCGGCGUCAUUUCCGAGGGCGAAUACUUUUCAGCCCAGCAGACUUGGUGAGGAGAUGAGGAUUGAAGAAGCCAGGCCGCCUCGUCCUGCGCCAGUAGAGAACUCAUCCUCCCCUCCUAAGCCUGUGAAAACUCCAAAGGUGAUUUCGCGCGAAGUGACGGUUGGUGUAUCCAGGUUACAUGAAGUAUCUCUCCCCGCGUUACAGAUGAAGCCCAUAUACUGGUCUCCUGUAAAUGAUAUUGCUACCGUUCUUCGAGCUACUUGGUUCUAUAGGUAUUAA